AUGCGGUCCGCCAGCUCCGAACUGUUGCUGGACACCAAGCAGCAGCAGCUCCGCAAGAAGAAGCUGCUGGAAUUAGCGGCGGCCAAGAAGCAGAAGCGUGGCGUGCCCCGGACCCUCCGCGAGAAGGUGUGGUUCUACUCGACUCUGUCGUUCGCCAUGAUCGCCGUCGGAUCUGGCUCAGCGCUGCUGUUCCUGGUGCCGCUGUACGUGGACCCGGCCGUGUCCACGCUGCUGGCCGACUUCGUGCCGGAACCGGUGCAGUGUACCACGGUGCGCCGCGAACAGCUGGCCGGCCUGUACAACUGCACGUGGAGCUCCUGCCGGGAGGGUUGCACCAGCGACGUAUACAACUGCAGUCACAUUUACGUGGCGUACAGGACGUCCGCCGAUGGAGUCAGUGGCGUCGGUGGCGGUGGCGGCGGCGGCAUACAAGUGGCGUCGGGUCGCGGCGGCGACGUGAUCGUGCCCGAGGCCGUGCUGCUGGUCAACAUCAAGGGCUGCGGUUACCCGCCGGCCGUAGCUUGUUCCAAUUUCACCAAGGCGUACGGCGUACUGGGCGCCACAUUCCCGUGCCACUAUUCCCGGCAGAACCACACGCUGACCGUGGUCGGCUACGACAAGCGGCAGCAGUACGCCGACAUCGUCCACUACUUUGCCGUCCCGUUCGCCGUGUGCGUGGUCACGUCCAUCGUGCUAUGUGUCAUGCACUGCGACUGUCAGCAGGCCGCGGCCGCAGCGGCCGGACAACAAGCACUGCCGGAGACGUCCAGGAGUUCCGCCGGCCACUCACACAUGGAGGGCUACAGGUAUUAUUGUCCAAUUGAUAUAAUGUAA